AUGGGUUCCCUGCGGAGCUGGUGGAUGCUUUGGGCCGGAGCAACCCUCCUGUGGGGGUUGACCCAGGAGGCCUCAGUGGACCCCCAGAGCAGCGGGGGUGAGGAAUUCCUCACGGCCUUCCUGCAGAACUAUAAUCAGAAGUACAGCAAGGCCUAUCUCUGCCUGCUCCUCUCCAGUCUGUCGGACAGCCUCACCUCAGUCUCCAUCCUCAGCCGGGCAGAUGGCACCACACAGAAGGUCACUGUCAGGCCAGGGCAGUCAGUCUUGGUCAACAUCAGCGCCAAGGCUGAGAUGGUCGGCAGCAAUACCUUCCAGCAUGCGGUGGUGGUCCGCGCUGACCGUGCCAUCUCAGUGCAGGCGGUAAACGCUAAGCCCUACACGGCGGAUGUGACACUGCUGAGGCCUGUCCACUCUCUGGGCACUGAGUACUUUGUGCUCACGCCCUCCAGCCCUUCAUCCAGGAACCUCAAGGAGUUUGCUGUGGUGGCGGGUGCGGCUGGUGCCUCUGUCAGUAUACAGCUGAAGGGGUCGGUGACAUUCAAGGGCAAGUCCUAUGCAGCGGGUCAUGUCCUGAGUGUGACCCUGGACCCCUACCAGGUGGCCCAGGUACAGAGCACAGCUAACCUCUCGGGGUCAAAGGUCACUGCCAGCAGCCCCGUGGCUGUCCUCUCCGGCCACAGCUGUGCCCAGAAAAACUCGAACUGCAACCAUGUGGUAGAGCAGCUGCUACCCACAUCUGCCUGGGGCACCCGCUACGUGGUGCCCCCUCUGUCCUUCCACAGCCAGCACGAUGUGGUCUACGUCAUGGCCAGCCAGGCCACAAAGCUGACCUACCACCUGGGGGGCACCACUCGCUCCCAGCGGCUCCAGGCAGGCAAGGUGGCAAAGUUUGAGAUCCAGCAGUCCCGGCCACUCUACCUGUCUGCAGACAUGGGCAUCCAAGUCCUGAUGUUUGGUGCGGGUACCACCAAAGACGGAGAGACCUAUGACCCCCACCUGGUCCUGAUCCCAGACGUGGCGGCCUACUGCCCUGCCUACGUGGUGAGGAGCGUGCCAGGCUCUAAGGGUGUGGCCCUGGUGGUGGCACCAACCAAGGCUGCUGACGAGCUGACCAUGGAUGGGCAGAGGCUAGGGGCCAAACUCUCCUGGGCCGCUGUGCCAGGCAGUGAGUUCUCAUAUGCCGAAUUGGACUUUGGCACAACUGACAGUGUCCAUGUGGCCGAGGCCUCUACCAGCUUUGGGCUGCUCAUCUUCGGGCUAGACCAAGACGUGAGCUUCGGGACAGCAGCUGCCUGUGGCCGGACCCAGCGGACGCUGGAGAAGACCCCCUGUGAAGGCAAGCAGUGCGCUGCCAGGCAGCUCUGCAAGGUGGUAAAUGGGCAGGCCAGGUGCAUGGCCUCCGUGGCUACCUGCCGUGCCCAGGGUGACCCCCAUUACACCACCUUCGACGGCCGCUACUAUGACAUGAUGGGCACAUGCUUGUACUCACUGGUGGAGCUGCAGAGUGACGAUGACAGCCUGCCUGCCUUCAGCGUCGACGCCAAGAACGAGCACCGAGGCAGCCGCCGUGUCUCUUACGUGGGCUUGGUGACCGUGCGCGCCUACGGCCAUGCAGUGUCACUGGCCCGUGGGGAAGUUGGCUUCGCCCGGAUCGACAACCAGCGCUCACGCCUGCCUGCCUCCCUGUAUGAGGGACGCCUGCGAGUGUACCAGAGCGGGACACGGGCCGUGGUGGAGCUGGAUUUUGGGCUGGUGGUCAGCUACAACUGGGAUGCCCAGCUGGCACUCAGCCUGCCUGCACGCUUUCAGGGCCAGGUGCGUGGACUGUGUGGCAACUAUAAUGGUGACCCCACUGAUGACUUCCUUACACCUGACUCAGAGCAGGCUCCCGAUGCUGUGGAGUUUGCCAGCAGCUGGAAGCUGGAUGAUGGGGACUACCUCUGUGAGGAUGGCUGCCAAGAAAACUGUCCUGCCUGUACCACAGACCAGGCCCAGCUCUAUGAGGGCAGUCGUUUCUGUGGCAUGCUGACCCAGCUCAACGGCCCCUUCGCUGUCUGUCAUGAGGCCCUGGACCCCCAGCCCUUCCUGCAGGAAUGUGUGUAUGACCUGUGUGUGGUCAACGGGGACCGAGCCAGCCUGUGCCGUGGCCUCAGUGCCUACACACAGGCCUGUCUGGAGCUUGGCAUCUCUGUCGGGAACUGGAGGUCGUCAGCCAACUGCCCCCUGUCCUGCCCAGCCAACAGCCGCUACGAGCUCUGCGCCCCGGCCUGCCAAGCCUCCUGCAACCCCGACGCGGCGCCGUCCAACUGCUCAGCGCGCCAGUGUGUGGAGGGCUGCGUGUGCCUCGAGGGCUUCGUGGAGAGCGGCGGCGCCUGUGUGGCGGCCUCGUCCUGCGGCUGCAUCUACGAGGGCCGCCCACUCGCGCCUGGCCAGGAGGUGUGGGCCGACGACACUUGCCAGCGGCGCUGCACCUGCGACGCCACCACCGGCCAGGUGCGCUGCAGCGACACGCAGGGCUGCCCAACGGGCGAGCGCUGCCUCGUCCAGAACGGCCUCCGGGGUUGUUACCCUGACCGCUUCGGAACCUGCGAGGGGUCCGGGGACCCGCACUACGUGAGCUUCGAUGGCCGACGCUUCGACUUCAUGGGCACCUGCACGUACCUGCUGGCCGGCUCGUGCGGCCAGGCCUCAGGGCUGCAAACCUUCCGGGUGCUGGUGGAAAACGAGCAUCGGGGCAGCCAGACCGUGAGCUACACGCGCGCUGUGCUGGUCGAGGCCCGCGGCGUGAAGGUGGCAGUGCGCCGGAAGUACCCUGGCCGCGUGCUGGUGGACGAUAUCCUUCAGUACCUGCCCUUCCAGGCGGCAGAUGGGCAGGUGCAGGUGUUCCGCCAGGGCCAAAAUGCUGUCAUCCGCACGGACUUUGGCCUGACAGUCACCUACAACUGGGAUGCCCAUGUGACCGUCAAGGUGCCCACCAGCUACGCUGGGGCCCUGUGCGGGCUCUGCGGGAACUUCAACGAGGACCCAGCUGACGACUUGGCUCUGAAGGGUGGAGGCCAAGCUGCCAACGCACUGGCCUUCGGCAAUAGCUGGCAGGAGGAAACGAGGCCAGGCUGCGGAGCAGCCGAGCCAGGCGACUGUCCCAAGCUGGACUCCCUGGUGGCUGAGCAGCUACAGAGCAAGAAGGAGUGUGGGAUCCUCGCUGACCCCAGUGGUCCCUUCCAGGAGUGCCACCAGACGCUGGACCCACAGGGUGCUGUGCGCGACUGUGUCUAUGACCGCUGCCUCCUGCCAGGCCAGUCCGGGCCUCUGUGUGACGCACUGGCGGCCUAUGCUGAUGCGUGCCAGGCUGCCGGGGUCACCGUGCACCCCUGGAGGAGUGAGGAACUUUGCCCGCUGAGCUGCCCACCCCACAGUCACUACGAGGAGUGUUCCUAUGGCUGCCCGCUGUCCUGCGGAGACCUCCCGGUGUCCGGGGGCUGUGGCUUCGAAUGCAAAGAGGGCUGCGUGUGUGACGAGGGCUUCGUGCUCAGCGGUGAGUCCUGCGUGCCGCUGGCCUCCUGCGGCUGCGUGUACCAGGGCGCCUACUACCCGCCCGAACAGACCUUCUACCCGGGCCCCGAGUGUGAUUCCCUUUGCUACUGCGAGGAGGGCGGGCUGGUGUCCUGCGUGCCAUCCAGCUGUGGCCCUCACGAGGCCUGCCAGCCAUCCAAUGGCAUCCUGGGCUGCGUGGCUGUGGGCUCUACCACCUGCCAGGCAUCGGGAGACCCCCAUUACACCACCUUCGACGGCCAACGCUUCGACUUCAUGGGUACCUGUGUGUACGUGCUGGCUCAGACCUGUGGGACUCGGCCUGGCCUGCCCCAGUUUGCCGUCCUGCAGGAGAACGUGGCUUGGGGCAACGGGAAAGUCAGUGUGACCAAGGCGAUCACCGUCCAGGUGGCCAACUUCACCCUGCGGCUGGAGCAGAGUCAGUGGAAAGUCACGGUGAACGGCGUGGACAGGAGGCUGCCCGUGGUGCUGGACGAGGGCCGGAUCCACGUCUUCCAACAUGGCUCAGACGUCGUGAUCGAGACUGACUUUGGCCUGCGUGUGGCCUACGACCUCAUGUACAACGUGCGGGUCACUGUCCCGGGCAACUACUACCAGCAGCUGUGUGGCCUGUGUGGGAACUACAACGGCGACCCCAAGGACGACUUCCAGAAGCCAGACGGCUCGCAGGCGGGCAGCGCCAAUGAGUUUGGCAACUCCUGGGAGGAGGCGGUGCCCGACUCACCCUGCCAGCCGCCCCCCACCUGCCAGCCAGGCGACGAGGGCUGUGACAUGGAGUGUAAACCUGAGCUGCAGAACAAAUACGAGCAGCAGGAGUUCUGCGGGCUCCUCACCAGCACCACAGGGCCCCUGGCUGCUUGCCACAAGCUCCUGGACCCCCAGGGCCCCUUGCAAAACUGCGUCUUUGACCUCUGCGUGGGCGGCGGCAAUGAGAGCAUUCUCUGCAGCAAUAUCCAGGCCUAUGUGAGUGCCUGCCAGGCAGCUGGAGGCCACGUGGAACCCUGGAGGACCGAGUCUUUCUGUCCCAUGCCAUGCCCCGCCAACAGCCACUACGAGCUCUGUGCAGACACCUGCUCCCUGGGCUGCUCGGCACUCAGCGCCCCCCCGCAGUGCCCAGAGAGCUGCGCCGAGGGUUGCCAGUGUGACUCCGGCUUCCUCAGUGACGGCCAAGGCUGCGUGCCCAUCCAGGAGUGCGGCUGCUACCACAACGGCAUCUACUACGAGCCCGAGAAGGUGGUACUCACUAACAACUGCCAGCAGCAGUGCGUGUGCCAGCCCGGAAAAGGCCUGGUGUGCCAGAACCACAGCUGCGAUGCUGGGCAGGUUUGCCAGCCCUCGGGAGGUGUCCUGAGCUGUGUCACCAAAGGUGCUGGGUUGGGGCCAGGGAGGAAGCCCUCAGAGCUGGUGCCCCGGCUGACUCUGGGAAGAAACUGGCUUUCUGCCUGGCAGUCCCUCAAGGUCCUCUCUCCUCUGCCCCCAGACCCGUGCCACAGUGUGACAUGUCGGCCACAGGAGACGUGCCAGAAUAAGAACGGCCAGGGCGUGUGCGUGCCCAACUACCAGGCCACGUGCUGGCUGUGGGGCGACCCACACUACCACUCCUUCGACGGCUGGAACUUUGACUUCCAGGGCACCUGUAACUAUGUGCUGGCAUCAACCGACUGCCCAGGGAGCAAUGCCCAGGGCCUGACACCCUUCACUGUCACCACCAAGAACGAGAACCGGGGCAACCCCUCUGUGUCCUAUGUGAGGCUGGUCACCGUGACCACCCUCAACACAAACAUCUCCAUCCACAAAGGCGAGAUCGGCAAAGUCCGGGUGAACGGUGUGCUGAGGGCACUGCCUGUCUCUCUGGCCGACGGGCGGCUUUCGGUGACCCACGGUGCAUCCAAAGCGGUGCUGGCCACUGACUUCGGGCUGCAGGUCACCUAUGACUGGGACUGGCGAGUGGAGGUGACGCUGCCCAGCAGCUACCACGACGCCGUGUGUGGGCUCUGUGGGAACAUGGACCGCAACCCGAGCAAUGACCAAGCCUUCCCCAACGGCACCCUGGCUCCCUCCAUACCCAUCUGGGGCGGCAGCUGGCGGGUUCCAGGCUGGGACCCACUGUGCUGGGAUGAAUGUCAGGGGUCCUGCCCGACCUGCGCUGAGGACCGACUGGAGGAGUACGGGGGCCCCGGCUUCUGCGGACCCCUGGCCCCUGGCUCUGGAGGCCCCUUCGCCGCCUGCCAUGACCACGUGGCCCCCGAUAGCUUCUUCAAGGGCUGCGUUCUGGAUGUCUGCCUGGGCGGUGGGGCCAAGGACAUACUUUGCCAGGCUCUGGCUGCCUACGCUGCUGCCUGCCAGGCCGCCGGGAUCGUCAUUAAGGACUGGAGGACAGAGGCCGGCUGUGAGCUCCCCUGCCCGGAGAACAGCCACUACGAGCUCUGUGGCCCACCCUGCCCAGCCAGCUGCCCAUCUCCCACGCCCCCCACCAGCCCUGCCAUAUGCGAGGGCCCCUGUGUGGAGGGCUGCCAGUGUGACUCAGGCUUCGUGUUGAGUGCCGACCACUGCGUCCCCCUGGAAGGUGGCUGCGGCUGCUGGGCCAACGGCACCUACCAUGAGGCCGGCAGCGAGUUCUGGGCUGAUGCCACCUGUUCCCAGAGGUGCCAGUGCGGGCCCGGAGGUGGCUCGCUGGUCUGCAAGCCUGCCAGCUGUGGACUAGGUGAAGAGUGUGCCCUGCUGCCCUCAGGCCAGCACGGCUGCCAACCUGUCAGCACAGCCGAGUGUCAGGCCUGGGGUGACCCCCAUUACAUCACCCUGGAUGGGCACCGAUUUGACUUCCAAGGCGCCUGCGAGUACCUGCUGAGUGCGCCCUGCCAUGACCCACCCGAGGGGGCUGAGAACUUCACUGUCACGGUAGCCAAUGAGCACCGGGGCAGCCAGGCGGUCAGUUACACCCGCACUGUGACCCUGCACAUCUACGGCCACAGCUUCACCCUCAGUGCCGGCUGGCCCCGGCAGCUGCAGGUGGACGGCAAGCUGGUGGCCCUGCCUUUCCAGCUGGACUCCCGCGUGCACGCCUACUUGAGUGGCGCCGACGUUGUGGUGACCACCGCCUCCGGGAUCUCUCUGGCUUUCGACGGAGACAGCAACGUGCGCCUGCGCGUGCCGGCGGCGUACGCGGGCUCCCUCUGUGGCCUGUGCGGGAACUACAACAAGAACCCCAACGACGACCUGAACGCGGUGGAGGGGAAGCCCGACCGCUGGCAAGUGGGCGGCGCCGCGGGCUGCGGAGAGUGCGUGCCCGGGCCGUGCCCCACACCCUGCACGCCAGAGCAGCAGGAGCCCUUCGGCGGCCCCGACGCCUGCGGCGUGAUCUCGUCCCCCGAUGGCCCGCUGGCUCCCUGCCACAGCCUCAUUCCGCCCGAGCAGUACUUCCAGGCCUGCUUGCUGGACGCCUGCCAGGCUCAGGGCCAUCCAGGAGGCCUCUGCCCCGCCGUGGCCGCCUAUGUGGCAGCCUGCCAGGCCGCUGGGGCUCAGCUCGGCGAGUGGAGGCGGCCGGACUUCUGUCCCUUCCAGUGCCCUGCCCACAGCCACUACCAGCUCUGUGGUGACUCAUGCCCUGUGAGCUGCCCCAGGCUCUCAGCGCCCGAGGGCUGCGAGUCCACCUGCCGUGAGGGCUGCGUCUGCGACGCCGGCUUCGUGCUCAGUGGAGACACCUGCGUGCCUGUGGGCCAGUGUGGCUGCCUCCACGAGGGCCGCUACUACCCGCUGGGUGACACCUUCUACCCGGGCCCCGAGUGUGGGCGGCACUGCCAGUGUGGACCCGGCGGCCAAGUCAGCUGCCAGGAGGGCGAGACCUGCAGGCCCUACGAGGAGUGCCGGGUACAAGACGGUGUCCAGGCCUGUCGCCCCACCGGCUGUGGCCGCUGCCUGGCCAAUGGGGGCAUCCACUACAUUACCCUGGAUGGACGCGUCUACGACCUGCACGGCUCCUGCUCCUAUAUCUUGGCCCAAGUCUGCCACCCACAGCCUGGGGACGAGGACUUUACAAUUGUGCUUGAGAAGAAUGCAGCUGGAGAUCCCCAGCGUGUGGUGGUUACUGUGGCCGGCCAGGUGGUGAGCCUGGCUCGGGGGCCGCAGGUCACUGUGGAUGGUGAGGCCGUAGCCCUGCCCGUGGCUGUGGGUCAUGUGCGGGUGACGGCCGAGGGCCGGAACAUGGUUCUGCAGACGACCAAGGACCUGCGGCUUCUCUUUGAUGGCGACGCCCACAUCCUCAUAUCCAUCCCUUCCUCCUUCCGCAACCGGCUCUGUGGCCUCUGUGGCAACUUCAAUGGCAACUGGAAUGACGACUUUGUCCUGCCCAGCGGCGCCACGGCCCCCAGCGUGGAUGCCUUUGGAGCCGCGUGGCAGGCGCCUGGCUCCUCCCAGGGCUGCAGCGAGGGCUGUGGACCCCAAGGCUGCCCUGUGUGCUCAGCAGAGCAGACGGCACCAUACGAGAGCCUUGAGGCCUGCGGGCAGCUCAAGGACACCAACGGCCCCUUCUCAGCCUGCCAUGCGGCGCUGAGCCCCUCUGAGUACUUCCGCCAGUGCGUGUAUGACCUCUGUGCCCAGAAGGGCAACGUCACUUACCUCUGCCGCAGCCUGGCAGCCUAUACAGCGGCCUGCCAGGCGGCUGGCAUGGCCGUGAAGCCAUGGAGGACAGACAGCUUCUGCCCGCUCCAGUGCCCAGCCAACAGCCACUACUCCGUCUGCACGCGCUCCUGCCAGGGCUCCUGUGCGGCUCUCUCCGGCCUCACAGGCUGCACCACCCGCUGCUUUGAGGGCUGUGAGUGUGACGACCGCUUCCUGCUGUCCCAGGGUGUCUGUAUUCCUGUGCAAGACUGCGGCUGCACCCACGAUGGCCGAUACUUGCCGGUGAACUCCUCCCUGCUCACCUCGGACUGCAGCCAGCGCUGCUCCUGUUCCUCAAGCACUGGCCUGACGUGCCAGGCAGCCAGCUGCCCACCGGGCCGUGUAUGUGACGUCCAGGCUGGGGUCCGGGACUGCUGGGCCCCCCAUGGCCUCUGUUCCCUCUCUGUGGGUGCCAACCUCACCACCUUCGAUGGGGCCCACAGCGCCGUCAGCUCCCCUGGUGUCUACGAGAUCUCUUUCCGCUGCCCAGGAUCACAGGAGAGCAUCCCUUGGUACCGUGUGGUUGCCGAUGUCCAGCCCUGCAAAGGCAAAGUGGAAGCCGUGGCCCUGGUUCAUAUCUUCUUCCAGGAUGGGCUGGUGACUGUGACCCAAAACAAGGGCGUAUGGGUGAAUGGUCUCCAAGUGGACCUCCCAGCUGAGGUGUUAACAUCUGUGUCCGUGAGUCAGAAUCCUGACGGCUCUGUGCUAGUCCAGCAGAAGGAGGGGGUUCAGGUGCAGCUUGGCACCAAUGGGCAGCUGGCUGUGGUGGUCAGCAAUGACCAUGCUGGGAAGCUGUGUGGGGCCUGUGGCAACUUUGAUGCGGACUGGAGCAACGAUUGGCCUAACUCCCAGGAGACAACGUUGGAGAAUUGGAAAGCACCGGACUUCUCCCCAUGCUGCCAGUGUGCAGCCUGGGACCUCGGCACUGCCACAGUCACCAUUGUGUCCCCUGCACAAAGUCUGGGUGUGGGAAGAAAGGGUUGGGUGGAGGAUGAGAUCGAUAGAGGAGAGGAAGUCAAGAGAUCCAGAGGCCAGAACAGUCACAGGAUCAUCCACCUGAAUUUGGACGUCAGCAAGAAUUAUGAGAGGAGCAGCUUGGGUGGCCAUGAGCCUAGAGCCAAAAAGAUGAAGUGA